AUGCGGAAAGAUACGAAUGACUGGUCAAAAAAGAGAUUAUUGAGUUUGAGAGUGAAUUUGGAAGGCCAUUUGAGGUUUGGCAAACCAGUUAUAAGGCCUGCCACGACGAGGUUGUCUUCCAGUAAAGAGGCUAGCCAUAUAGCUGUUGGAGGUGAUUGUCUCAAUCAUUCAUGUAACAACGGCUCGAUCUGUAUUCAUGGUGAAUGUGUUCAAGUUUUACGAGAAAAUUGCUUUGAACUUCUACGAGACGAUUCGAAUUUACAAGGAAAAGAUGGGGUAUAUCAGAUAUAUGUAGCUCCUGAAGUAAAAGCUGUUUAUUGUGACAUGAGCACUGAUGGAGGGGGUUGGACUGCUAUUCAACGAAGACAGGACAAUUCUACAGACUUUUUUCGGACAUGGAUAGAAUAUAAAGAAGGGUUUGGUAACCCAACGAAAAACUAUUGGAUUGGAAACAAUGCCAUUCACACCUUAACUAAAGAUGGGAGCCAGGAACUUCGGAUUGAGCUUCAGCGUUUUAAUGGAGAAAAGGCUUUUGCUCAAUAUUCUACGUUUUCGCUCGGAAGUGAGGACACAUAUUUUAAACUUUUGUGUCUGGGUAUUCCGGAACAGCAGGUAAAUAUUUUUAUCCCAAUUAAGGUACACUGA